UGACUUUGAAUCUUCGCUUUCAGCAGUUCCCAGUUUCCAACUCCAGUGCUAAUAAAAGCCAAACCACAAAGCUAAGAAACAAAAUUAACAGAAAGAAGAUAAAAUCCUAAAAGCUCUGAAUUCUCUGCCUAAUCCAGCAAAUCAAGCUCAUCUUUUCCCCCCUUUCCUUUCUCCGGAAGAAAAUGGGCACUGGAGGUUUCAGUCUCUCGUGGGCUCAGUCAAUGCCUUUGACCACUCAAAAGGCAUUAGGUAUUGGAUCUACAAGAGGAGAGUUAGUUUUUGCCUGAGAUUGCAGAAAAUGAUGAAGUGUAUGUGUUCCGGUGAGCAGUUAAGAGCUGAUGAAAAAAUCCCGUCGUCAGAUUCCCUGGCAACGCGGGACUAUUCAGCUGGUGGGUAUUCUUCACGAGGCGGUGAGACUGAUACGAAAGUGGACACGAGCAACAUAGAAGAGGCGGAAUUGUCACUUCGUGAGAGUGGCUUUCUGAAUUACGAGGAAGCGAGAGCCUUGUUAGGGAGGCUCGAGUAUCAAAAGGGAAACAUCGAGGCCGCCCUUCACGUUUUUGAAGGAAUCGAUGUUGCUGCUGUGAUUCCUAGGAUUAAACUUUCCAUCCUAAGAAGAUCUCAACUACCUAGACGUAAUUCACUAAGUGACGCUAAUCCUCCUAUGUCUAUGCACGCUAUAAGUUUGCUUUUCGAGGCUAUAUUACUCAAAGCAAAAUCACUGCAAGCUCUCGGGAGAUUCAUAGAAGCUGCUCAUUCGUGCAAAAUAAUACUGGAUACCGUUGAAGCUGCAUUACCCGAUGGUCUACCAGGAAAUUUUGCUUCGGAUUGCAAAUUGCUCGAGAUGUUAAACAGCGCUGUCGAGUUGCUUCCCGAGCUCUGGAAAAAUGCGUUAGCUCCCCAAGAAGCAAUUUUGGCGUAUAGGAGGGCCCUACUUUAUAACUGGAAUCUCGACGUCCGGAUUAAAACUAGAAUAGAAAUGGAAUUUGUGACAUUUCUUCUGUACAGUGGUACUGAUGCAACUGCCCCGAAUCUCGGUUCACAGUCGGAGGGUUCUUUCGUACCUAGGAACAAUAUAGAAGAGGCGAUUCUGUUGCUUCUGGUUCUGCUUAGAAAAUCCCUCGUCAAGGGGUGGGACCCGUCAAUCUUGGACCAUUUGUGUUUCGCGUUAUCGAUUUCCGGUGAACUUAGGUCGCUUGCUUGCCAUGUCGAGGAGUUGCCACCGGGGAUUGUACGAAGAAAACAAAAAUUCACUAUGCUUUCCCUAUGUUACUAUGCAGAAGGUGAAGAUGCAAUUUCUCUGAACCUGUUGAGGAACCUUUUGGAUAAUAAGGAGAGAUCGAAUUGCACGUUUGAGUUAUUACUCGCUGCCAAGAUUUGCGGGGAGAAUCCCGAGUACCUUGGUGAAGGGAUACAAUAUGCUCGUGGAGUGCUUCCAAGAUUUGACGGGAAAUGUAAACAGAUGGCUAGCGUUGCUAAUUACUUACUCGGUGUCUCGCUCUCAGCUCAAUCCCGAGCUGUUGCAUCCGAUUCUCAAAGGACUUCGACACAGUUUGAAGCACUCGAGGCACUCGAAACAGCUCAAAACAUGACGGGAGGAAGAAAUCCUAAUGUUCUUUACUGUCUUAGUCUAGAAAACGCUGAGCAGCGAAAAUUGGACGAUGCUCUUUACUAUGCAAAGGAGCUACUCAAAUUGGAAGCGGGGGCUAACGUUAAAGGAUGGAUUCUUCUAGCUCGGGUAUUGUCUGCUCAAAAGAGGUAUACUGAUGCCGAGAACAUCGUUAAUGCUGCACUGGAGGAAACGGGGAAUUGGGAUCAAGGAGAACUGCUACGAACCAAAGCUAAACUGCAAAUUGCGCAGGGCAAACUGAGAGAUGCUAUCGAAACGUAUACACAUCUCCUUGCAGUUCUUCAAGUUCAGCGGAAAAGCUUUGGAGUUCAGAGAAUUCAUACCAAGAACACGAUGAAUAGCAGAAGUUUAGAAAUGGAGACAUGGCAUGAUCUCGCAAAUGUAUACACUAAUCUAUCACAGUGGCGGGAUGCUGAAGUUUGUCUUUCAAAGUCCGAGGCCAUAAGCCCUCAUUCGGCUUCUAGAUUGCACUGCAGAGGAUUACUUCAUCAAUCUAUGGGCCAAUACAUGAAAGCCUUGAGAUCUUUCGAGAAGGCUUUGGAUAUCGAACCCAACCACGUUCCAAGUUUAGUAUCCAUGGCCAUUGUUCUCAGACAACUAGGCGGUCCAUCACUGCCCGUCGUGAAAUGCUUCCUCACUGAUGCAUUGCGGCUUGACAGAACAAACGCUUCCGCUUGGUACAAUCUCGGGUUGCUUUAUAAAAGUGAGAAUGGUGCAUCCGCGCUGGAAGCUGCAGAGUGCUUCGAGGCUGCCACUCUUCUCCUAGAAUCUGCACCAGUUGAACCUUUUAGAUGAUCCAAUUCCUAAAUUCACACCUUUUGUCAUUGUUGAUUUUUUUUCUUUUUAACAGAUGUAUAGUACAUUAGUACAUACAAACCCAGAAGUCAUACAAAACUAUCAUAUGUAUCUGAGCUUCCUAGAUUAUAGUUAGAGGAAAAACCUGUUUUUG